UUUGUGUCGCUAUGUCAGUCAGCUGUCAGGUUUUUUAAAGAUUAUUUUGUUAAUUAUUAUUGUCCCAAAAAAACUGGUAACUGAACACUUAUGGCUACGCAAUGUGGGUACAUUAUGACCUCAGGCGAGUCCUCUAAGUCUAUUAAACAAACGAAUACCAACACCUCAGAAAAGUCUUUGUCUGAUUGUGAAUGGUACUUUGGGAGCAUAACUCGCGAUGAGGCACGAGAAAAAUUAAGAAACGCCCGGGAUGGUACAUUUUUAGUAAGAGAUGCUACCAGUGGUCAAGGAGAAUAUACGCUAACAUUGAAAAAAGACGGUGCUGAACGUGUUAUUAAAAUUUAUAAUAACAAUUCUCGAUAUGGUUUUACGAAAGGCACUGAAGGUCUUGAUUUUCCUUCGGUGCCGGACUUGAUAGCAUAUUACCGCACCAAUUCAUUGAAACAUUAUAACAGAAUACUUGAUACGACACUGUUAUUCCCCGUUUCACAUUUGACAGACGAUGAUAACAUUGUCAAUUAUAAAGAUAUUGAUAAUUUGGUGCAAAAAUAUUUAGAAGUACAUAAAGACCUGCAUGCUCGAGAAAAAGAAUGUGACAAAAUUUCAACUGAAUACAAGAAGAUUGACAACGACUUGGACAUCAAAUGGCGAGCCUUUGAAGCUUUUCAUGAAGCUGAAGAUCAAUUUAAAGAACAACAAGAAUUGAAAAAACGUUACAAAAAUGAAGCAGAACCUCAUGAGCUGGAAGGUCUUCGUGAAAACGAAGAAUUGUUAAAUUAUCGUUUAGAACUUUUGAUACACUGUAGAAAAAAACUAGAGUCAGAAUAUGAUGAGCAAAAAUCACAAUAUUUAACAUUAGAAAGAAAAAUACGAUGUUUGCAGCCUAUUCUACAGAAACUGCGAAAAACAGAGGAACGUUUUGUAACACAUUUGAUUUCUCGUGGAAUUAAAGAGCAUCAAAUAAAAGAAAUAACAGAAUUUGGAUAUAAAGCGUGGUUAAAUCAAGAAAACUUGGAGUUGUCCCAUUUGGAUGAGAAAACCUGGUUUCUUCCCAAUACAAGUCGACAGGAAGCAGAAAUACUUCUACAUCAAUUACCAACUGGAACCUUUUUGAUAAGAGCACGUACUGCUGGUGGUUAUGCUCUAUCGAUAAUUUGUAAUACAGUAAUAAGCCAUUGUAUUAUAAAUGAAACAGAUCGAGGAUUCGGUUUUGCGGAGCCAUUUAAUAUUUACGAGUCAUUGUUAGCUUUAGUGAAACAUUAUGCCAAAAACUCGCUAGAAGAACAUAAUGAUGCGUUGCAAACCACGUUAAGAUAUCCUGUGUAUUGCAGCUAUGUUGUUAAAAUAAGAGAGGAGAUAGAAUCACAGAACGUUAGUUCUGUUUCUUCCAUAGUACCAACAUGAAAUUCACGUCAAAACAAGCCUCAUGAACCUUAUACUACAAUAAUGCUGGUUGUAAAUUGAAGUAUGCAUUGUUUACAUAAAUACAUAAGUCUUUCCAAAAUUUGUAUUAAACUUAUAAAAUUAUUUACUCAAUAAUAAAAAAUGUUCAAGUACAUAUGAUAAAACUUGUCAGUCACAAAAAAAAUAUUUUUGUCGCAUUUUAAAUUUAUUUAGAAAAAAAUCUGUUCGUGAUUGUCUAAUUGGCCUUGUGUCAAUUCAAAAAUGAGUGGAAAAUUCUUAAUGAGCUCCGAUAAGGCGUAUUUUUUUUUUAGUUUUUAACGCGUAUUCGUCAGAAAUAAAGACGAACUCAAACAAUGUAUUAUUUUAUACUUUUAUGA